UGUGGUGAAAGGACUGUUUGUCAUUUUUAGCUUAUAACAGAUGAAGUCAAUAUUUCCUCUCCCCACUACGUGGCCGUAGUGACUAUCCCCCCAUGAUGAAAAGUCUGGGUGGGGUGGGGGAGAAGCGGAGGGGCUUAUGUUUUAUAAGAGGCGAGAUCAAAAAUUUAAUGCUCAGAACGACUGAGAGAACUUCACGAGCUGGAAACUUCAUAUACCCCACGCCUGCUGCGUGAGCAACACUGCUUUGAUUCGACACUCCGCUAUCUGAUCAGAAAAGGAGUAAGAUUACUGAGCAGGCUGUAAAGGUUUGCACUGACAGAAUCAAGACUCAACUUCUGAAGAGCAAACCCAAAGCGGAAUACUGAAGAUGAAGUCGGGCCUGGUUGUAGCCACUCUUCUCUGCUUCACCACCUGGAUGAACUUGGCCCAUGCCAGACCUGCAGAAAGCUGUUGUGUCUCAUGGUCCAAAACCAGAGUCUCACUUGACCGAAUUGUGAAUUAUGCCAUUCAGUCUGAAGAUACUUGUCGCAUCAAAGCAGUACGGUUACGGACCGUGCUUGGAAAGACAAUCUGUGCCAAUCCAGACGCUGACUGGACAAAAAAAGCAAUUGAGAAGGUGGACAGGGAGAGGUUCACAAGUGACAUGGCACCAACAGGAUCCACACCAGCAACAUCCACACCAGCAACAUCCACUGCACCCCCAACAUCAGAAAAGAUCCCUCAAAAGGAUGUCACUUUGGGAAAGGACACGCAAGAGGGAGGAACAAGGAGCAGUGAAAAUGUGUCCGAGAAAUCCCCCCCAAAUUAAAGCUUACUAAAAUCAGGAAAUGCCACUCUACUUAGCUUUACCGCUCUUGCUAUAUUUCAUCAUUAAAGUUAAAAAAAAGGAAUAAUAUAGCUACAUAGUAUAAUAUAAUAUAUAUAUAUAUAUAAAUAUAAAUGUCAGUUUGUCAUGUUUCAUUGUCAUAAAUAUGUUUGUUUUAAAAAAGUGUAUAUUUAAAGCUUUCCCACUAUCAAUUAAAGUUACUUUUAAGCAAA